GAAUAACAUCUAGAAUCAAUUUUGAACGCAAUUAUACAUAGACAAACAUAAACUACCGGUCGGCCAUAAAUAAAGUCAAAAUCAACCAAGAUGGUCGUGUCGUGUGUUUAGUGGAUAAAAAUUUAAUUACGCGGUUCUUGUAAAUGGUAAAUAACCGACAGAAUGUAUAAUGGUAUCGGAUUGACGACGCCCCGAGGCUCUGGCACCAAUGGCUAUGUACAGCGAAACUGGGCAACGGUGCGCAAAACCAAAGAUUCUGUAAACUACCGGACUGAAGAAGAAAUAGCCAAAUUAGAUUCUGCUUCUAAUAAACAACCUAACCGAGAAAUCUUGGACCAUGAGAGGAAGAGGAAGAUCGAAGUGAAAUGUGCGGAACUCGAAGAUAGUCUUGAAGAGCAGGGGUUGCCGAAGGAUGAGAUCGCGGCGCGUGUGGCCGCGUUCCGGGCGAAGCUGUCAGAGACCAGCGGCAAAGAGAAGGAUGUGCCCAGAGACGAGUUCGGACGUGUAGCUGUCCGCGAGACGCACGCAGUUGCGGAGGCGCAGCAGGAGAAGAACGCCCGGCUGCGCGACGCGUUCGGCAUCUCGCCGCAGUUCGUGGAGGGCACGAGCCUGGACGCGGAGCGGCGUGCGCGGGAGCAGGCGGCGCGGUACCCGCUCGUGCGCACGCCCAGCCAGGAGCGCGACCACUCGGCGCACCACGCCAAGAAGAAGAAGAAACGGAGCGUGUCACCAGAAGUAAAGAAAACAAAGAAGAAAAAGUCGAAGAAGAAUAAGAAAGAGAAACAGGUGUCACUACGACUGUCUAAGAGUGAGAGAGAAAUGAUAAAGGACUUAAUACGUAGGCAUGAAUCAAGCAAGAAAAAGAAGAAGCGGUCGAAAUCGACGGACAGCGAUAGUUCAAGCAGUUCGGAGGCUCAAGACAGCGACUCUUCAUCAGAGGACGAGCGGCAGAAAAAGAAAAAGAAGAAAAAGUCGAGCAGCAAACGACGCGCCAGCACCGAGCCCUCCAGUCGUGACAGUUCACCAGUAAAACCCGUAAAAGACAAAAAAAGGGACGUUUCAAAUGACCCUAGAGGCAAAGAUGUCGAACACAAAAAGACUGACCGAGGCCAUGAACGCAAGAAGAGUGAUAAGCGUGACGAGACUCAAAACAAAGACUCGCGACACAAACGGUCCAGUCGCAGGCGGAGCGAGCACAGCGCCUCCGAUGACGAGCCGGACUCCUCGCCGGAGUAUAACAAGCAGAGGUCCUACAUCACCAAGAUAGAGAACAAGAAAAGGAAACCGUCUCGAGAACCCUCUGAGAAACCUAAGAAUACCAAACGCCUGCAGCGAGAUCGGGAACACAGACGUUCUUCAGAAUCCGAUAAUGAAGAACCAGCAUCAAAAAGGAAAUCAGAAAAGAGAAGCAAGAAGAGCUAUAAAGAUGUCAGCCUGUCACCACCACCAGAGAAGAGGCGCCGCAGAAGUCCCACUCCAGAUUACCGAAAAAGGGAAGAAAGUUACCAUGGCCGCAGAGAGGCGCAACGAGAGAACAGCAGGAACCGAAGGGAGAGUCCGGUCCGAGACAAUAGACGAGCUCCGAGGAGGAGUGAAUCGCCGGAAUACAGGAAAAAGAAACAGGAAGAUUCGUACAGUAAAAAAGAUAAAGAAAACAAACGUAACAGAAGUUCAGAGAAGUAUGAUGAACCGGCACCGAAACGUAAAGAGCGCAGAGAGAGCUAUGACGAACCGAAGCGGAAGAAAAACAGAAGUCCGUCAAGAGAGAAGCGCGACACAUCGCCAGAACGCAAGGUACGCUCUCCUUCCUACAAACCACAUAAAAAUAAGACUUUGCGUAAAGAUAUUGACAGUAGCCAUAAAUCGAGAUCUGUAAGACGCUCUUCACCAUCAGAUUCGGAAGCAGAGAGACCAAAACAUAGGCUGGAAAAACUAUCCAACAAUAAAGCUAAAUACUAUAAAGAUCGAAGCCCAUCUCCUCGAAAAAGAGAACAACAAAGAAGUUUUUCACCGGAAUAUCGUAGAAAGGAAUCGCCUUCGCCAAAAAACAAACAUGAAAAACGUAGCACUGUCCGAAAGUCAGUAGAACGUAGAAAGGAAAGAAGCCGAUCAAGACGGAAGUCGCCUACACCGGAAGAAAAACCACGACGAAGGUCUUCACCGGAUAGAUCCAGGUCAACUACACCUCGUAAGGGAUCAAGAAAAGAAAAACAAAAAAGUCGAACACCAAAUAGGAAAAGUAAGAAAUCUUCAGAAAGACGCAUGUCUUCACCAAAGGCAGAUAGAUAUGAGAAGGAAAGUAUUCACGAGCGCGGAGAAUCUCACAAAGAAAUGUCAAGGUCUCUGUCACGCAGGAGCCGGUCCACGUCGAGUCUCAGCUACUCCCCGGCGCGGCGCAGUCCGGAACGGUAUCGCGAUAUUAUAGAGAAACUACCAGAAAAAGAUAAACGCAAGUACAUCAAAUCACCGUCUGAUCUUUUACCCAAUAAAACAAAAGGAAAGGUCGACAGCUACAAGCCUAAAGCAGUAUGUUUGAGGAGCUCAUCUAGCGAAAAUGAUGGGUCAGAAGACGACUUUAUGAGUUUGGACGAUAGGGCGCGCCAGAACGAGUUGGACAUUAGAGAACUAAACAAACUGAAAGAGAAACUGGCGCAGAUGGCCAAAGCAUCGAUGGAGCGCAAGAGGUUGGAGGAGACUAAUGGCCCCUCCACAUCGCAAGUAAGCCGCGUUGAGCCCAAACCCGCAGAGGAUAAACCUCAAGCGGUUCUCAGUCCAGCAAAACAAAAAGAAAAAGAGAAAUCUCCACCGGUCGCAGAGGUCGCGAAGGUUGCAGAAAAGGUGCCAACUCCCAAAAAAGAUAAAAGCCCACGCGUGGAAAGUUCUGAUAAGAAGCGGGACAGGAGCAGGUCGCGUCGCAGCUGGUCGCGGUCGUCGUCGCGCUCCCGUUCGCGUUCGCGCUCUCGCUCGAGGUCGCGCUCGCGGUCUUCGCGCUCCCGGUCCCGCUCCUACUCCUCCUCCAGACGUUCCCGCUCAAGUCGUUCGAGUUCAUACAGCAGCAGAUCGUCGUCAAGAUCGUCGCGCAGCUCGUCUCGGUCGACUCGUUCCUCUAGAACGAUGACGGGCGUUUACGGCGAGUACCGGCGGUCGAGUUCGCCGCGAGUGCGCUCGGUUCGCUCGGUGCGCUCGCGCUCGGCGCGCUCGGCGCGCUCGGCUCGCUCGGCGCGCUCAGCCCGCUCCGCUCGCUCGGGGCGCUCGGGCUCGCGCUCGCCCUCCAUCCCGCGCCGCGCCGGCUCGCCGAGCUUCCUCGACCGCCGCCGCAUCACGAGUGCAAGGAAACGUCCGAUCCCAUACCGGAGACCGACGCCAUCGACGCCGACCACUCUGAGCCCAUACAGCAGCGCGUCUUCACAACGAAGCUGGUCCAGAUCGCCGCGGCCAGAACGAGAAUAAUAAAUAUUUGAGGCGAAUUUAAUCUUCAGAUAAAAGUUAUCCGAUAAAUAAAUUCACGUGGCUCAAUAUGAAGGUCGAACACAACUUUAUUUAGUUCAUGCUUAUAUAUUCGGUUUUGUUAUGUUUUGUAUGGAUAACUCUAAUCUGAUGAAUGAAAUAAGACCUUUUUAACUAAUUAUAUUUAUGUACCAUAUUCACUGGUACAUGAUCUUAGGGAAUCGUUUUUCAACUCAGGAGGUAAACAAUACAACCCUAUUGUUCGUAGAUUUCGAAUGGGUUAGAUAGCAUUUUUGUAACGUGCGCUCGCGUACCUUAAUUGUAUGGUUUGUUAGGAAACAAGUGCAUAAAUGAUAUAAGAUUAUACGGAAUGCAUGUUUCAGACAUUUUCUAGGUCAUAAGAUAUUAUGCCACCGUAGGUGGUAGGCAAUUUUCGGGGUUCGAUAUAAGGCGCUGUACAUUGUCUCUAAUAUAUGGGGAGUUUAUCAAUAAUCAUUUAGAAGUUAACAAAUGAUUUGUUGAUGUUCAAACAUUCCAUUUAAGUUAUGGUACUUAACAGUAAAGCCAAAAACUAAUUUUAAGCGUCAGUCAAAUAUUGGAUAUUUAUCUAGUCAAAACUCUAGUCAUUUAAGUAUGUAAUUUUUUUAUAUUAUUUUACGAUCUCUAAAUAUUCUUUUUUGUUGAACACUUUUCAUUUGUUGGUAAUAUUAUAACAAUUUUAUUGUAUUUAUUUAAACCCUAGGAUAAGUUCCGAAUAAUACUCUAGUCUUGAAAUGUAAGUGAAUCAUUUAGAAUGUUGGGAGUGCAAUAUAUUUAUAGACAACUGAUAUUAUACAACUACUCAGUAACGUUUAUUAGUCAUUUACAACACUGGUAAAACAAUAACUUAAUAUUUAUUAAAUUAUAUUAUUACUUAUAUUAUUUAAAUAGGUACGUACGUGUAAUAUUUUAUAGGGUAGUUUAAAUUAAGGAUUUUAUUAUAUGGGCUUAGUUAAUGGUUUCCAAAAGUGAGAAAAAAUUCAAGUAAAGCAAUAAAAACAAAUGUGAAUUGUAAUAUUCAAUGAUACUCAUACAAACGGUAGAAAAUGUUUAUUGUAAACAUAACAAUAUUACAUGUAAAAUCGAGACUUGUAUAAAUGCACUGCGUACGAAGAAUUGACUAUGCCGAUUUGAUGUGUACAUUUAGAUCUUGAACAACGUACGUUUUCGGCAUUAAAUCUAACAAUUGCUGUUGUGAAAAUAAAGUAAAUAAUAUCAUA